GCUGUGAGGCGAGUGACAGCACAACGCUGCAGUCUGAUUACGUUCAAUAAAAGCAGAUGAGCAGUGGCACAGUUCACUUUACCUGCAGUUGUUACCAUAGGUGCACCACCCAUAAUCUACAGCGAGCAGUCUGAGCUGAGGAACUUCUGUUGGCUGCUCUUCGAAAAAGAAUAAAAAAAAAACAUUUUGCAUCUGGAGUCAGUGAAUUUGAACGCUCACCUAAAAUAAAUGAACAACUCAAAGGGAAACAGACAAUGCUGACUGGGUCGCUGCUGCCCAUCUGAUCUCACAUGGAGAUGGGAAUUGCGCGUACUGGUAAUUCUGGAUGGAUUGUUCCCACUCAAUCAUCUCUCCGCACCGAGAAUUUGCCUUCACACACCUGAAACUGUCUCAAGAGCCUCACCGCCGGUUGAUGCCGAUGAUCAUGACGAUGAACGGCGACCACCAGUCGGCUGCCAUCGCGCCGCUGGAUCUGCGCACCACCAACCGAGAGCGUGGGAGCAGCCGGUCCAAGACUCCGGACUGCAAAGGUCGCGCGGGGGACACUCGUGUGACAGGGGGCUCGACCGGAGCUCUUGGGCGCACAGGGACGGAGGAUUUGGGAAGAAAGACUCCUCCUCUGCUGCCGAGUGUACCUGGCUCUGCGCACUCCGCACCCCUGAACAACAAUCAUUGCCCCGUUGCUGGAGGCGCUCUGGGGUUCCAGAGCCGCACAGACAAACAGACACAAGAGAAAUCUUCAUCCAAGCUUCCGUUUAGGAAACGCCCGUUUCGCGCAGAGCCGGACAUCCAGACAGGGGACACCAGGCGUAUUCUACCAGACACGGUAGACCGUUUUUCUUUGGCGGAAGACCAGGACUUGGCCAACUCGCCGAGUCCGGCCAAACGCUUAGCUGCGGAUGAGGACCGGAUUUGUGUGGCACCCAGGCGGUUUGAAGAAGUAGAGCAGAGUCGAGAUGGACAUCCCAUGCACUUUAUGCAUGCACUCAACCCUUACCGAUCUCACCAAUCACUGUAUUCAGUAUGCUGGUUGCCCAGUGUUCCAUGCCCAGUCUCCAUGCCCAAUGUCCAUGUGGCCCACCAAUCUGAGCACCUACGAGGCGAAAUUGCCCUGGCUACACACCAGGAUGAAGAUGGAGACACAGCUCUCCAUAUCGCAGUGGUGCAGGGGCAACUAGGCAUCGUCCACACACUGAUCUAUCUCCUUCGGCUGGCUAACAGAGACCUGGAUAUCUAUAACAACCUCCGACAGACACCGCUUCAUCUGGCAGUGAUAACUCGCCAGGCAGACAUGGUGGAGGCCUUGUUGAGAGCGGGGGCCGACUCUGCUGCCCUGGACCGCAACGGCCAGACUGCGCUCCAUCUCUGCUGUGAAUAUGACCAGCAGGACUGUUUGUCUGUAAUCCUCUUUCUCUCCCCUCCCUCCGCCUGUCUGGAGAUCAGAAACUAUGAGGGUUUGAGCCCUCUCCAUCUGGCAGUGCAGCGUGGCCAUAAGGAUUUGGCCAGAACACUGCUGGAGGCUGGAGCUGACAUCAAUGCUAUGGACAUCAAAAGUGGCCAGAGUCCUCUCAUGCAUGCGGUGGAGAGCAAUAACGCCGACAUGGUCCACUUCCUGAUUGAGAGUGGCUGUGAUGUCAACAGCCAGUCAUACAGUGGGAACACAGCCUUGCACAGUGCCUGUGGCAGAGGACAGGUGGAGACUGUGAGGCUGCUGCUGAAGAGCGGAGCGGACAGCAGCCUCAAGAACUACCACAACGACACGCCCCUGAUGGUGGCCAAGAACAAGAAAAUAACAGAUGUAUUACGAGGGAGGGGCUCCAAGCAGAUUAGAGGUCAAGACCAACACAGUGUCUCAGUCUCACCCAACAGGAGCAACUUAACAUCAGGGUCCCCAUCUCCUAACCACAGUCUUGGAUGUUCACCUUCAACCACUCCACACACCCCUCACCAUCCUGCCUCCCAGUCUCCAAAGCCUCCACCUCAACUUGCAUUUACAUUUUAUUAGCUCAGUCUGUUACCCGGUGUGACUUGCAACUACCUCUUCACAGCCAGCCAACAGACUUCAAGGCCCAUCCAGGAGAAAAAGGUUCAGUCUGUGAGAUGAUUCCCCCCCAUCCUGGCUCCAUAGCUGAUGCCCUUCCUGUGGCUGUGAUGCUUGGCCGUCUCUGCGCCCCACAUUCACAGAGAGCCCAAAUCUCGCUCCCUCACGCAGCUGCUGGUCCGACUGCUGGCUGCCAGUAAGUCAUGGCGUGCCUGCAGCUGCAGCGAUCAGAUGGAUUUGUCACACGUGAAACAAAGCAGCAAGAGAACUGCACCACAGCAUGCAAUCAGGACAGAACAAAUCUGUGAGGACAGUUUUGAGACUGACAUGCAGUCUGUCACCAGGAUCCAUUCAUGCAACUAUUCAUUAUCAGUGGAUGUUACACAUGGACUUCAACAUGCACUCAACAGGGGCAAGUCUUACUCUGCACAGUCUGCCUGCAGGACAAAGACUUCUUGGAGAACUUGGACUACUUAUUGCACAUUCAAAACCUUUCUUUCUGUCAAAGAGACCCAUAAUAUAUUUGGACAGGAGAGACUGUAUGAGAGAUGUAUGUAGGUCUAGGUGUGCUUGAGUGAGCGAGUUUUAUGCAUAUUUUCCUGUUUGUUUGUUUU